AUGGCUUCUUCUUCUUCCACGGCUGUUGAAGUGAGGAAGCAUGAUGUUUUCCUCAGUUUCUGUGGUGAGGAUACCCGGACCACUUUUACCAGCACUUUACAUGGAGUUUUGGAGGAAGCAAGUAUAAAUGUUUUCAUUGAUGAUGAACUUAACAGAGGAGAGGAGAUUUCGUCAUCUCUUAUGAGUGCAAUUAAAGAAUCAAUGAUUUCAGUUAUUAUUUUCUCGAAAGGUUAUGCAUCUUCAAGAUGGUGUCCUGAAGAACUUGUGAAGAUCAUGGAGUGCAAGAAAACACAAAAACAGGUGGUAAUACCAGUUUUCUAA